AUGUUCAAGAAGAUCAAUACUCCGCUCCUCAUCCAGAAGGUUGCCUCUUCUUCCUCCUCUCUUCAAAAGAGAGCCUUCUCCACCAAGUUGAACACACAAUCCGUUGAAAAGGUUCCAAUGAUCAUCAAUGGUGAAAGACGUAUCUCCAAGAGCAACGAAUGGAUUGAAAUUCAUAAUCCUGCAACCAAUGAAGUGAUCGCCAUGGUUCCGCAAUCCACUGAUGCUGAGAUGGCUGAGGCUGUUCAAAACUCAAAGGAUGCCUUCAAGGAAUGGAGAGAAUGGAGCGUUUCUAGACGUGUCCGUGUCUUGUAUAAACUCAGACAAAUGUUGGAAGAUAAAACUCCUGAACUUGCCAAGUUGGUUACCCAAGAACAAGGUAAAACUCUCAAAGAUGCCGAAGGAGAUGUUUUCCGUGGUAUUGAAGUUGUUGAGCAUGCCUGUAAUAUGGCUGUUCUCCAAAUGGGUGAUACUACUGAGAAUAUUGCCAAACAUAUUGAUAUUUACAGCUACAAACAACCAUUGGGUGUUACUGCUGGUAUUUGUCCAUUCAACUUCCCAGCCAUGAUUCCAUUGUGGAUGUUCCCAAUGGCUGUUGCCACUGGUAACACUAUGGUUUUGAAGCCAUCCGAACGUGACCCAAGUGCCGGUGUCAGAAUUGUUGAAAUGGCCCUCGAAGCUGGUUUGCCAAAGGGUGUUGUCAACGUUAUUCACGGUAAGAAACCAACUGUAGACUUUAUUUGCAGACAUCCAGAUAUCAAGGCCAUCUCAUUCGUCGGUGGUAACACUGCUGGUGAAUACAUCUUUGCUGAGGGUACCAAACACGGAAAACGUGUUCAAGCUAACUUGGGUGCCAAGAAUCAUGCCGUUGUUUUGCCAGAUGCUAGAAAGGAAGAUACAAUCAAUGCUUUGUGCGGUGCUGCCUUUGGUGCUGCUGGUCAACGUUGCAUGGCUUUGACUACUGCCAUUUUGGUUGGUGACGCUAAGGAUUGGGUUCCAGAUAUUGUUGCCAAGGCUAAGGGCUACAAGGUCAAUGUUGGUACAGAUCCAUCCGCUGAUCUCGGUCCAUUGAUUUCGCCUCAAUCCAAGACUCGUGUUGAAGGUUUGAUUGCUUCUGCUGAACAAGAGGGCGCUAAGGUUGUUUUGGAUGGACGUGGAAUUGUUGUGAAGGGCUAUGAACAUGGUAACUUUGUGGGACCAACCAUCAUUACUGAUGUUAAGGCAAACAUGAAGUGCUAUACUGAGGAAAUCUUUGGUCCUGUCAUGCUCAUCAUGUUCGCCAAGGAUUUGGAUGAAGCCAUCAAGAUUAUUAACACCAAUCCAUACGGAAACGGAACUGCCAUCUUUACCAGAUCUGGCCCAGCUGCUCGUAAAUUCCAAUAUGAAGUUGAUGCUGGUCAAGUUGGUAUCAAUUUGCCAAUUCCUGUCCCACCACCAUUCUUCUCAUUCACUGGUUCACGUGCUUCUAUUAGAGGAGACUUGAACUUCUAUGGUAAGGCUGCUGUUCAAUUCUACACUCAAACAAAGACCAUCAUGUCCAACUGGCGUGAAGAUGAAUCAGGAAUGUCAUUCGGUACUGUCAUGCCAACCUACAAGAAGUAA